AUGAAGAUAUUGACUUUUCUAAUAGAAUUUUUAACUUGCCUAAAUAUUUUUGUGCCAACAAGUGGUACCGUGAUAUUAAAUAAGUGUUGUCCGGAUAAUGAAUUUUUAAACGAGAAUUCAUUAUGUGUGAGUUCGCCUCAAGAAUGGAUUCCGAUCGUUGUGACGAAAAAUUUUACACGAAGAUUAAAUUCGUACGAAGUUAAAGAAUUGUUAAAUUCAUGGACGGUUAAUAACGAAAGGCCGAAAUGCGGUGAAAAUGAAAAAGAAGAAUUUAUUAAUCUCCAUUACAAACAAUUUCUAUUGCUCGACAAUGGUUCUCUGUGGUACGAAGGAUAUUUUUUAAAUCAUCGAUCUUUCUGCAUCGAUGAUAGUUCCGCUGUUGUUUGCGUUAAAAAUGAUAAUUUCGAUUACGUGUACAACGGACCACCCGCGGAACAAGUCAAAAGAGUUUUCAUAAAAAAAUGUUGCCGAAAUAAAAAAAUAUAUUCGAAAGAAUUAAAUGGAUGCACCGUGGUGGUACCUUAUGGGGAACCCGCGACUCUUCCCAAAUUUCUACAACACACCACAUCCUCGUCCGUAUUAAAUUUAACGAAUACAUUUUUCGAAUACGGUUUUCCGGAUUGCGAAGAGGGUUACAUAUUCACGGGAAGAUUAUCCGAACAUAAUUCCUCGUUGCAACAAGAUGGAUCAUUGUAUUUGCCAACUGCAAAAGUACUCCUAGAACCGAAAACAUUUUGUUUGGAAUACGUGGAAGAAGAAAAAAAUGUUAAAAUCCCAACGAUUUUUACCUGUCCGAAUUUUUUACCCGUACCCGUGAACGGGUCUAGAAUAGCACCCGAACAAGGAGACAUUCGAUUGACUCUUUACCCAUUGGCUUUGUUCGUGAGUGUUUUUUUUCUAGCUGCAACUUUAGCCACCGGUUAUUUAGUACCUAGUACUCAUCACAUGCUUCAUUGGAGAUGUCAAACUUAUCACGUUGCGUGUUUGAUGUUGGGUGAUUUCCUGUUGGCCGUCACGCAAAUCGUCGGACAUACGUUUUCAUUGGAAAUUUGCACCGUGUUCGCGAUACUGAUGCACGUUUUAUUUUUGGCUGCUUUCUUUUGGUUAAACACGAUGUGUUUUAACAUAUGGUGGACUUUCAGAGAUCUUCGACCGACAAGUUUAGAUAAAAGUCAAGAAGUAUGGAGGCUUAGAAUGUAUGAAAUAUAUGCUUGGGGAGUACCAUCUAUAAUAGCAAUAACCGCCAUAGUAUUCGAUCAUUUACCACAGGGAUCAUUUCCAUCGAUACUCAAACCAAAAUUUGCCGUCAGAAAUUGUUGGUUUUACGGUGAUUUAGAAAUAUUUACAUAUUUUUUCGGUCCCAUUGGUAUCCUCCUUUUUUUAAAUUUAAUUUUAUUUGCUCUCACGGCAAGAGAACUCACUUGCGGUUUAUGGAGGAGUGAAGUUGUUAAAUCAACCACAGAAAGGGCGACCCUGGGUAAAGUUUGUUUAAAAUUGGUCGUUGUAAUGGGUAUCACAUGGAUAGCUGACGUUACAUCAUGGGCUGUCGGUGGUCAAAGUGCAUGGUAUGUCACAGACAUAAUAAACGCGUUGCAAGGUGUUUUUAUAUUUAUCGUAGUAGGGUGUCAACCACAAAUAUGGGCAACGUUUAAAAGGCUUUGGUGCUUCCGCGAAAUCACAAACACGAGCAUGAAUGGUAAUCAACAAAGUUGUUCCCAAGAUGUACCAUCAUUGGGAGAUUCAACUUUUAACAAUACUCAAAAUACGAGUUUAAAAGUUCCUGUCGGUGAAACUUUAUGUUAA